ACAACAACGAAAACGGUAAGCACCGCACUCAACUUUUGUCAUGUACCAGACCUACGCAACACCGUCGUCUCCUAUUGCUUCACCUUGUGCCACGGGCUACUGCAUACUACCUUCUUAAUGCCACUUUCAUGUCCUCCAGCAAGCUUUCUUUCAACACAAAACAGUAGACUUGUCUGAAUAAAACUCUCCACAUUGCACUCUAUUCCUGCACUGCCCUACAUUUCCUUAGUGUCUGAGAUCGACUUGGUGCUUCUCUCGUGACUGAGACUGCACCUUGGCUCACGGUCGUGCCGGAGAUCAGUGUUGACGGCGAGUCCUCUACUUGCAGAACCGAUCAGCCCGGCCUAUCUUCUAGCAGCAGAUGCAAAACCCGAAAGAUCCCCUAACACUCCCGCGUCGGCCACUUCGUUUGGCUCUCCAAAUCGAAGCAGAGGAGAAUUCAACAUGGCCAAUGUAGAAGCAAGAUAUAACCCUUACGCAAGCUCUCCCAAUUCCUUGGACACCGGCCGCAUUCCUACGACGAUACGCACAGUACCUAGCCUCGAGGACCCAUCCGAUACCUCGAGUUCAGAUCCCCCUUCGGCAAGGAACAGCGGCUUCUCAAGCUCGGUCAACAGCAACACCAGCGGAGCAUCCUACUAUUCCCAGAUGCAACCACAAUCACAGAACCAGAACGGGUCAUCAGCGAGGUUAAAGGCACCUUCUUCACACCCACCAGAGGCACAAACGAGCUCUGCCAGGUCUCCUAUAUACGCAGCCAUGUCUUCGAGUAACACGACUUUGCGGCCCGGGGGCGACGCCACAUAUGACAGAGAAGAUCGUGAGCCUUCUCCGCAAUGGGAUGGGGGCGCUGUAGGCAAGGCGGGAUUGGGUAAAACCGGACGGGUUAUCAACAAGCUGGUCUCUGACAAUGAAGCAUUAAAGCGGGAUCUGAAAAUCGAGCAGAUCAAAUCAGAAGAAGCGAGGCAGGCGGCCAAGCUGAUGGAGGAUAAGAUGGAGAGAAUGAUAUCCGAGUACGAGUCGAGGUUACUGGAGGCUAACGUCACGAAGACGCUGCUCGCCCGAAAAGAGCGGCAGGUGGAGUCCCUUCAGGCUGCCGUCAACCUCGAGAAGAAACGAACAGCCGAUGCUUUGGAUAGGGAAAGAAUCUGGAAGGAGGAGAUGGAGAAGUCUCGGCGCGAUGCCAAUGUUCAGGUCGAGGAGGCAAAAACGCAAGCAGCACUAAUGGAGGGACGCUAUAAUGCCAUCGCAUCGCACUGGAAGGAGCAAGGUGACGAAGUCAAGAAGACGACUACAUCACUACAUGCCGAAUUCGCAGCCCUGACCGAAGAACGGAGGAGAGACGAUGAUAAGAUUAAUACGUUAAGAGACCUUUGCGACCAACAGGACGGAAAUAUCAAGGACCUCAAGAGGCAAAAGGAUGAAAUUGGUGAUCAAUUCGAGGCGUACAAACGUGCCCAGGAAGCUGCGUUGGGAAAUAUUAAGGAAGAAGCACGAUGGCGAGAAGAAGAGCAAAGUAAGACCAUCGAAGAGACGAAACAGGUCUUGGGCCAGUUGAGAUGGGCGUUGAAGGUCAAAGAGAAUGUCAAGGGCGCCGGUUAGGACACUUUGAGCAAUUCUUCUGCCGUGGAUCGACUUGCUGGGACGAAUUACUCGCCCAGGCGCAGACCAGAUCGCUCAUCACUCAACUCCCUUUCAAUCCAACCACGAAGCUUCGGGGGGAUUUUUUCUUGUACAUAUAUUCGAGCCUACGAUACACUCGCGCGCUGCUCUGCCAUUAGACCGUUGGAAGAUCGAACUGCUACAACAACACAUAGACUGGAUCACGCGGAGAGCUUCAUGGAAUUUUGAGGUGUUUGGGGGCUAUCGGUCCUGCUCCUCAUGUUGCGGUAAAGGCGUUUACUGAGCAGAACUCCUAAGCGUAAAAGCAUGAUCACUCUUUGGAGAUGAUAAUUUGUGUUUUGAGAUUAUUUCUCUAUCUUUCAUGUUGCAUAUACCCGGUCAAAACGAUAGAAUGGAAUGACAAAUUUUUUCUUUGUUUCA